AUGCCGACGUUUAAUGUUAAUAAUAUCUUGUUAUAUACAAGUUACACGUUGACAUGUUUGGAAGAUCGAGCAUGGUCCUUUGCUGUCGCUUUGACGAUGCAAGAACUGGGUGGAAUGCGAUUAGUUUCUAUUGAACAAUUUGCUGAGGGUAUCUCUUGCAUGCUGUUCUCAGGCUCGAUUGGAAAAUAUUGUGAUGAUGUUUCGAGGAGGAAAGGAAUAAUUAGCAUAGUCCCAUUGAAUAAUGUGGCUCUGAUGUGUGCAUGUGCUUGUUUUACCGUUUGUCUAUCGUUAAGUGAGGCGGCGAAUAAAACCUUGUACACUGGCAUCCUCGUUCUUGGGAUGCUACUCUGCGCGAUGAAUCGGCUUGGAUUAAACCAAGAGAAGAAUUGUAUCGGUAGAGAUUGGGUGAUGGUACUUGGGACUGGAGGAAGCUUAUCAAAACUGAAUGCUAUUCUAACCUCCCUAGAUCAAUUAGCAAAUGUUAUUUCGCCACUCAUUGCUGGAGCGCUUGUUUCUUUGAUCAAUCUGAAAACGACAGUAAUCGUGUUCGGAAUUGGCGGUGCAAUUUCUGUAGUUCUCAAAGCCAUAAUUUUGAAUAUGCUCCUACAAAAAGAACCCCGACUUCAUGUCAAAGAAAUUAAAGGCAAAACGCUGGGCAGUCAAGACGCAGUACUAGUUAAACCGAACGCUUUCCUCGAUGCAUUCCGUGUACUCGGUGUAUACUGGAAACAACAGAUUUUUGCUGCCGCUCUCGGCAUGGCUCUUCUUUUCAUGACUGUCCUAGGAUUCGAUGGGCUUGCGAUUGGCUACGGUCAAUCCGUAGGUCUGCCAGAUUCUCUUCUUGGUGGUUUCCGAUCUUUCGGAUCGCUUUGUGGUAUUCUUGGCGCACUUUCCUAUGCUUUCUUCGAAAGAAUGAUGGGUGUGCGGAAAACGGGAAUCUUUGGAUUAGCGUUCCAACAAGUAUGCCUAAUUAUUGCUGUGACUUCAAUAGUGAUGCCUGGCUCGCCAAUGGAUCUGGAUGGUUAUUUUGGGUCAAUAACACCAAAAAAAUGGUGGUCUGAUUUCAAAGACUCUUUCUCCCCGGUAACUACCGUGGCCCCGGCAAAUUCUACCGAAGGAAUCAAUUGGCAAGAUUUCACCUCGAAUGGCGAAAGCAUGAUUUCAAUCUUCGCUUUUUUGAUCGGGAUCGCUACAGCAAGAUUUGGUUUGUGGAUGGCUGAUUUGGCAAUUACACAAGUCAUGCAAGAAGGUGUCAUCGAGUCACAGCGGAAUACGGUUUUUGGUGUGCACAACGCUCUCUGCCAAACGUUUUCCGUGUUGAAAGACGUGAUGGUGAUUGUGUUACCAGAGGCGUCAACAUUUGCUAUCUGCAUGUUAAUUUCCUACGGUUUUGUUGCCGUUGGGUUUAUUGCAUACUUAUACUACCUCGUCAAGUACAAAAAUCCGUUACCCGAGAAAUCGCGGACGAUCACCGACGUAUUGGAGUCGAGGUCCGCUACGGAAAUACUGGAUUCAAGGCUU